AUGACGGCGAAACAUAAAGGCACCGGUUUCAUGAAACCUGUGGAUGGUCUGAAUUUGGUCAAAAAAGGGCAGUACGCUUUUCAAGUUGAACUGGUGACAGGUUAUCCAAUAAUCGAACGAGAAUUUGAAGAAACAAUGAUUUGUGAGUUGAAGGAAAUAUCGAUUUAUGGAAUGACGCAGUUGCAUGCAAAUUAUCAGAAAUGGUCGCCAUUCAAGGAUAUUAUGGAUGUAUGGGUCGAUACUGCUGGAAGGACUACCAGAUCAACUCAAAGAAAUCAAGUUAAAUUAAUCGCAAAGGUCCUUGUUAAAGGUUAA